UUUCAUCAACAAAUCUUGAAAUAGGACUCAGGUUGUGUUUAUUAUUAUGGUAAGUGUGUAUUGUUACCAUAAUUAUGAGCAUAAAUGGCAUUUAGAAAGUUGUGAAGUACAUGAAGCUCACCUGGUGGCUUUCUUAGUAGCAAGAAUGGACUGUUUUCUUAGCAAGAACGGAAUAUUACUCAUAUCACGUUGGUUUUAAACACUUGGAAGUUGUGUACGCUGACUUACUGGUGGCAUUUUGAGUUACAACCUUAAAUAUAUAUUGAUGUCAAGUUAUCCUCGUUUUAUGUUGUAUUCUAUAAGUCAAUAGCACUACUGUUCAUGUAUUAUGCAAUGCUGUCAGGUACAUCUCAGUAGAGGGCUAUUCUUAGGUCAGUGCAAAUGUAGGUUUCCUUUCGGGCUAUCUAGUGUACUUUUAGCUCACAAUGAACAGAUGGAAGAUUUAACACUGUUGGCAUUUAGCUCUGUUUUUUCAUUUAAUAUCACUAAAUGUACCUAACAUCAUGCUUUUCAAAGAUUGUUCCCGGCAACCAAGAAAUUGCUAGUCAUUGCACAUAUAGUAUGAUCAACCAGUUGAUUGUAGUUGUAUUACUUAUAUCGAGCUGCCUUGUUUUCCAGUGAACUAUAGUUACCAUAACUUUGUAUUUCUUUUAUAGAAAUAUGACCUGUUUUUUCAUCUAAUGAAGUGGUCUUCUGCAUGAUUCUAUCACUGAGUACCUGUAAUAUUUGGUUCCAUGAUGCCCUUCUGCAUGAUUCUAUCACUGAGUGAUUUUAGAAAGUUAGAGCUUAAUAUAUGAGUGAAGUUCGCUAUGAUACAAUUUCUGUGAAUUGCUUCUGGUAAAAUGCUUCCAAAUGCACUAAUCAGCUAUACUACAGAUGCAACACACAUAGUCGAGCAGUUUAAUUUCUGGAGGAUGAUAUGUAGAGGAGAAUAUAUAUAUAGGCCUUUAGCUCAAAAUAAACAGAUGAAAAUUUCAACACUGAUCACUAAAUGUACUGCAGGUUGUCUUUUAGCUUUGGUUUUUAUUUAUAUCACCAAGUGUAUCUAAUAUCAUGGCUUUCAGAGGUUGUUCACUACAACUGAGAAGUUGCUACUCAUUCAACAUAUUAUUUGUUAAUAUGAUCAACCAGUUUAUUGUAAUUGUAUCACUUUUCUAGCUGCCUUUUUAUAUAUAACCUGUUUUUUUAUCUUUUUUUUUGCGGGUGCUGUUUUUUUUAUCUUACUGGUCUUCAAUUGUCUUUCUUACUGGUCUUCAAUUGUCUUUGUUAAGGUUCAUGUAAUGUUUGGUUCUGUGAUGCCUUUCUGCAUGAUUCUAUCACCUGCAGUAUUUUAGAAUGCUGGGGCUUAAUAGUUAGGACUAGAGUGAGCUAUCAUACCAUUUCCUUGAACUGCUUCUGGUAAAAUGCUUCCAAAUGAGCCAGCUAAUCAGGUAUACUACAGAUGCAAGGCAUAUUAGAGUUUUAAUUCUUGAGGAUGAUAUAUGGAGGAGAAUAUGCAUAGAGGCCUCUCGGUGAUGAUAUGAUCAGCAAGAGGGUUUUUUCCUCUUGAUUGAUGGUGUUACAGGGUGAAAACCUCCACUUUGAAGCUGCAGAGUGCAGAUUUAUUCUUGGUAUCCAUAAGCUUACUCUGCAGAGUAUCCAUUUGUCUGAAUUUUGGAGGUAUUUUCUGAGCUCCACUCCUAGUCGAAAGCUGGUCAAUGAAACUAUGAGACUCUGAUGCUGUGUGCCCAUCAUCAUUUGCUUAGACCUGUAAAGCAUCUCAGUAAUCCAUGUUUUCCCGCGGCCUAUGAUGGGUCGAGUGAACCACGGAGCUGCCGUGCUGCUCCUCCUGCAUUGCAGGGACCAAAGAUUGCCCUAAUUUUCUAAGCGAGCUUUUCAUUGACCACAGGGGGAAGAAAGGAUAACCUUUCCGGUGCAGGCGUGCAUCUUCCCGGCUUUGCCCACACAUGUCCUGUUGACGAUUGGCCCGGUUCAUCUUGAUGGUAACGUUUUUAAACCAUGUGAUAUCUGUCAUGAGAUUUACUACUCCUACACCUUUGGGCACCGGGGCUGUGAGCCACCGUUGCUGGUCGCAGUACUCAAAUGGCAGCCGUACGGAUCAGUCCCGGUGCCCGAGAAAGGCCUCGUCUUUCUGCUCUUUGCUUGUGGUUUGGUGCACUGAAAAGAAUGUGGGGGGAGGGAGGGCAUGGGAAAUAGUUUACAAAACCAGCUGGGCCAAAGCAUUGCGGUGUUUUACUGCCAGGAGAUCUUGGCUAUGUGUAUCAUGUCAUGCAGAGGCUCGGUAUUGGCUCAGUGCGGUAGUAUCAGCCUCCUUUUUUGUCUCAAAAAAAGUCUGUCAUAUGCAUAGCAUUUGUGUGGGUGGGAAUCAGAAAUUUAUCACUCACUACAAACAAAAGAAUUUUGUCAGUCUUGUUUCCUUACGUGGAAAAGCUAGUUAAAUUUGUGCCAGUGCUAAAUAUUAAUUUAACCCUUUAAUUCUUACGAAUGCGUUGCUGAACCUGACAUGAAACCUCGAGUGUUGUCAUGUUCUUCGUUUGUGUUUGGCUACACAUUCAGGUUGCCCCAAUACAUCGCCUGUGCCCGACUAGUUUUCCGUAUCCAUCUUCAGUUAUCUUGGGAACAAGAGUAGCAGGAAAGCCGGAUGUGUGCCGCACAAGCGACAGCGGGCCUCUACAGGAUUCCAGAGAGUGAGAACAAGAAUCCAAUUCUCUGCCAACACACGCCCCUGCCAGGAUGCUCUGCCCUGCCCUGCCCUGCACCCGCAGGCCUUCAACUUUUUGACUGUAUUAUUCCACGUCCAGCCCAGCUUCCCUCCCCACACCCGCACCCGCUGCCGCCCAACAACUCAAACAACAGCAGCAGUAGAGUAGAGAGGUGGCCGCAAAUGCACACCAGCACCAAUAUUGAUUGAUUCCAAGACGACUUCAAGUGAACUGAACCGCUAGCUACAUCCACGUACAUGGACACCGCCCCCUUUCAGCUUUGCCGGUGCUCCCAUCUUGCCACCAUUGUUGCAUUGUACAGCACAGCAGCUAGUGCUUGUUGGGGCAGGGUAUGCAACUAGUCCUGUACAGAGACGGGAAGUACUUCCACUAUUGCUUGUACUGCAGCGGGGCGUCAUCAUAAAACAAGGGCGCUGUGUGUGAAGCCGGUGGAAGAAACAGUUCGUGGUGGCGCCCUUCUCCCCUUUUAUUAUCUUCCCUCCACAUGUCCGCACGCCGCCACUACUACUGCAUGGUGAACACUGUUCAUUAUGCCAUAGGCUGGUGAGACUGUGAGGGUGACUGCAGGCAGCGCUGGUGAUCGAAAGAAGAGGAGGAGCAGGGGAAGCAGCGGCAGCUCUCGCCUCCUUGCUGAUGUAUUCCCCUCCCUGCUCUGCUGCUGGAAGCAACGGCGAGCGGAGCUUCGCGGCCGGAGCCAACCCGCUUGCUUUGCUCGAUCAUGCCAUGGAUUUCGACGAGCACGUCCUUUUUCCUAUGCACAAUGCAGGGAUGCAAGAUGGAGUUCAGUUCUACAAUCCUACUGCUGGUGGUAGUGGUACUGAGCUGAGUAGAAACAUGAGCAUGGAGAAGGGUUUGAAAGGCGGUAAAAGGAAGGGCUCCGGCGAGGGCAGUUCGACGAUGCAUUCACAACAGGAGGAAACCGGUGGCAUGUCUCAGAGAGAGGUCAGCAUGGAGCGCGCUGGCGAGAAGGAAGGUGAUGCUGCUAGCAACAGAGAGGACUACGUGCAUAUCCGGGCGAAGCGCGGCCAGGCGACCAACAACCACAGCCUUGCAGAAAGGUUUCGGAGGGAGAAGAUCAACGAGAGGAUGAAGCAUCUACAAGACCUCGUCCCAGGCUGCAACAAGAUUACAGGCAAGGCCAUGAUGCUCGACGAGAUCAUAAACUAUGUGCAGUCCCUGCAGCGGCAGGUCGAGUUCCUCUCGAUGAAGCUCUCGGCGGUCAGCCCCGAGCUGAACUGCGAUCUCGACCUCCAAGACAUCCUUUGCCCGCAGGACGCCCGCUCCGCGUUUCCGGGAUACGGCCAGCGAUUGGGCAGCGUUCAUCCUAACAGCAAUAUGUACAGGGCGUCGCAGCCGGGCCUCUCGCGUCCUGAACUAUACGGGAACGGGAUCAUCAUCCCAAACCCGGCAAAUGUUCAUAUGGCGAGAGCGGCUCAGCAGCUGUCUGCUUUUCCCCAGAGGAGCAUCGUUUGGGACGAGGAACUUGGCAAUGUUGGUCCGGCUGCCUUCCCGUCGGACGUCGUCGGCGCCAGUAGCUUAGAGAACUCCGAGUCGAUGAAGGUGGAGUAGCUAGCCAGCAAGCUGACGGUUAACCAUGUGCAGAGGCUGCACAGAUCUCCUCGGGCUUUAGCGAGUUUAACUGCUGUCGUUGAGAGGACGAUUCUCUAAGCGUGCGUGUGUGUGACUUUUGUACAGUUUGACUAAGCAGACGGAUGAAAAGCUUGUGGUCCGCUGUGAUGUGCCAUCUCUGCCUGGACUGAAAUUAUUAGUGGUAAUAAUGAUUGGGUUUCAUGAGUUGAUCUA